UGCUGGAUGGUCUGCUUCAGGACUAGUGUUCCCUGCCAUCCUUGCGAAACUCGUCGACAUCUACCAUGUGAGAGGUAUGCUGCUUAUUCUAGGCGCUUUGACGAUGAACGUCAUGCCAUUGAUACUUCUCUUCGAAUACCCCGCAGCAACGAUGAAAUGCGAGUGCUUGCAGAAAAUGACACAUUUUUUAACGAAAGGCCGCGAUGGAGCCAGGUUCGAGAACGAAAAGGAAGAUGCAAGAAUAAGAACAUCGGGAAUCCACGCCCGCGCUGUAGGCCUGGGAACAACAGCUGUCGAGCACAGAUCAAAUAGCAAGCAAAUUAUGAAAAAGACGCUGCGGUUGGAAUAUAGCUUAGAUUGUAAUGUAGGACAUCGUGAUCCCUGUUCGAAGGCUGUGGGUGGUCGUGCCUCACAUGCUCGGAGGAGCCAUGGUACAGAAGAAGUCGAUGCCGCUAUUCUAGGUUGCUGCAAAUCGAUUUCCGCAAUUGCUGGAGAAAGUUUGGCGUGGCAUGGGCAGCUAUACAAGCCAACCAAGCAGGAAUAUGAAGAAGACGCGACGCUUCAACGUUCUUCGAGUAACAUGGCAGAGGCGACGCUUCAUCAGAGGACAUCGUUUCCAAGUUCAAAGUCAUCCCGUGUCCCGGCUCCAAGCCAUCUCAACGUCCGUACUCCUCUAAUAGGAGAAGAGGAAACGGCUUCUACCAAAAGUGGCGCAAAUUUGCUUCAAGAAAUAUGGAUCCUUUUGCGCACUCCUGCACUUUAUGGCAUUUCGGUGACUUACGUCUUUUUCGACUACUCGCAUAUAGUUGUCAUGAACAACCUGGUCGCCUACGCCGUGGACAAAGGCUCGCCGCUGCCGCUUGCCGAUUCGCUCAUCAUGUACGCCGCAGUGUCGGGCGUUGCUGGGCGCCUGUGUCUGCCCCUGGCUUCCGACACGCUCGGCCUGAGCAGGGACGUCUUCGUAGCGUGCAACCUUCUGGCCAUGGCCCUGUGCCUGGCGCUGCUGGCCGAGGUGGCUUCGCAUGUGCUCGUCACCGUGCUGGUCGUUGGCGAGAGCUUGGCUGCAGGCAGCGUGCUGUCCAUGAAGCCCGUGCUUGUCGCGGAGUACGUGGGCGUCCGCAUGAUGACGGCCACCUGGGGAGUCAUGGGUGUGCUCAUGGUGCCGCUGUUGCUGACUGGUCCCUUAAUUGUGGGGUUCUUCAGAGACGGAAUGGGCUCCUUCGACAACCUCUACAGGCUCCACUCGGCACUAAACCUGUUCAUUGCGCUGAUCCUCUUCGGCCUGGCGUUCCACAGAAAAAUUCGCGCUAACGAAAGUGCUGUCGAAAAGAAAUAAACCGUA